UUCAGAACGGAACAGUCCAAUGGCAACUACAGGGCGGAGUUAGAAAAGUUGCCAUUCAAGGUUGAAGUGCUCCUUCCUAACGAAGAUGAAGUUGUCCUCGCCAUUUAUUUACAAAGCUGCAGCGAAAGUGGACUGAUCUCGUCCUUCAGUUGAAGUCUGUGUAGCUAACAUAAUUAGCCUAUAUCGUAAAGAAGUUACCCUAGGAUUGUUUUUCUUUCAGCGGAAACUGCAAGAGAGGUGAAGUGUUAUCUGACAGGCAGAGUGCGAUCCGGAGGGACUGACAAAGAGCCAGGAUGAUUCUGGCCACGCUGAAGGGCUUCGGGAAGCAGCUGCUGCGUGUCAAGGUGGUGGACUACAACACCGAGGACUCGCGUCUCUCCCGAUGUCUCAACACCUUCGACCUGGUGGCUCUCGGGGUAGGCAGUACUCUGGGAGCUGGGGUGUACGUCCUGGCCGGGGCCGUGGCCAGAGAGAACUCUGGUCCAGCCAUUGUCCUGUCCUUCCUCAUCGCAGCGCUGGCCUCGGUGCUGGCUGGUCUGUGUUACGCUGAGUUUGGGGCCCGCGUCCCCAAGACGGGCUCUGCCUACCUGUAUAGUUAUGUUACUGUUGGGGAGCUCUGGGCCUUCAUCACCGGAUGGAACCUCAUCCUCUCUUACAUUAUAGGAACCUCUAGCGUGGCUCGGGCAUGGAGCGCCACGUUUGAUGAGCUGAUUGGUCGACACAUCGAGCAGUGGUGCCGGGUCCACAUGGCGAUGAAGGCCCCAGGGAUCCUGGCUGAAUACCCAGACAUGUUCGCUGUCAUCAUCAUCAUCAUUCUCACAGGCCUACUAGCGUUUGGAGUGAAGGAGUCAGCCAUGGUGAACAAGGUGUUCACGUGUAUUAAUGUGUUAGUGCUGGUGUUCGUGGUCAUCUCAGGGCUGGUCAAAGGAACUGUAAAGAACUGGCAUCUGAACCCUGAUGAAAUCCUCAACAUCACUGUCAACGCAACACUGAAUAUGACAGAGUCCUUGCCAUCGAAGGAGAGUCUGGGUCAGGGAGGCUUCAUGCCAUUUGGCUUUACUGGGGUCCUGUCUGGAGCAGCAACCUGUUUCUAUGCCUUCGUGGGCUUUGACUGUAUCGCCACCACCGGUGAGGAGGUAAAGAACCCUCAGAGAGCCAUCCCAAUAGGCAUCGUAGCCUCUCUCCUCAUCUGUUUCGUGGCCUACUUCGGAGUGUCUGGUGCCCUCACCAUGAUGAUGCCCUACUAUAUGUUGGAUAAGAACAGUCCUCUGCCUGUAGCCUUUAAACACGUGGGCUGGGAGGGAGCCACUUACGCUGUGGCUGUAGGGUCACUGUGUGCUCUGUCCACCAGCCUGCUAGGCUCCAUGUUCCCCAUGCCUCGUGUCAUCUGGGCCAUGGCUCAGGACGGACUCCUCUUCAAGAGUCUGGCCCAGAUCAGCGACCGAACCAAAACCCCUCUAAUCGCUACAGUAACCUCUGGAAUGGUGGCAGCGUUGAUGGCCUUCCUGUUUGACCUGAAAGACCUGGUUGAUCUGAUGUCUAUCGGCACCCUGCUAGCCUACACCUUAGUGGCAGCCUGUGUUCUAGUACUCAGGUACCAGCCAGAGCAAUCCAGUAUGGCCUAUCAGAUGGCUUCUACGCUGGACGAGCCAGACACCUUAGAGUCCAUUAACGAGGGCAGUGUGGGGAUCCUGCCGGGAGCAGAGGAGGUGUUCUGUGCCAAAAACCUGUUGUUCCCUCACAACACAGAACCCAACAACCUGUCUGGCUUCGUAGUCAACAUCUGUACCAGUACAUUAGGAGUGUUGGUGUGUAUCUUCUGUGUGGUAGCAGUGCAGGGAGGCUUUGCUUCCUGGUCUGUCUCUCUACUGAGCCUCAUAUUUACAGCCUGUCUGGCAGUCACUCUACUGGUCUGGAGACAGCCUGAGAGCAAGACCAGUCUCUCUUUCAAGGUGCCCCUGCUUCCCUUCCUCCCAGUGGUCAGUAUGUUUAUCAACAUCUUCCUGAUGUGUCAGCUGGGCCGAGGAACCUGGAUACGCUUCUCUUUCUGGAUGAUCAUAGGUUUCAUCAUCUACUUUGGCUAUGGGAUCCGUAACAGUGUAGAAGCUGCUUUAGCCAAUACUGACGGUAACCUGCACAGAUACAAGCCAGACUGCACUCUCAGCGGACAGCCAAUGGACAUCGAGAAGGAAGUGUUCCUACACAACGGCCUGGACCUGGACAACACAGUGGACGAGGAGGACGGGGACCUCUAGAGGUUGGGAGGUGCAGUGCACUUCCCUAAUGCUACUAUCCGAUUACUUCAUCUAUCUUUUAACAGUCAGAUUAGUGCCAUAUACUGUCAGAAAUAUCUUCACGUGAAGGGGGACAAUCAUGUACAAUCAAAACGAGCUCUAUUAGGAUCUCGUGUUGCGUAGUACCAAACCAGACACGGGUCUCUUCACAUUGGGCAGUGGUCCACCAUAGCAGUUCCUCGUCCACUGCUCAUGACUCUGGUAGUGAUGUCAGUGGUAAGCACCAAACCAACCAGUCCGUCUGUCAUUGUUAGCACAAAGCAGGACGACUAUCACACUUCUCUUGGAAGAAGAAAGGGGGCUUGAAAGGAUCUGUGGCCCUUAACAUUUUAUUGAAAUUUGUUGGAAAUACUGAAUAAUCUAUAAUUUCACACUGAAGAGCAGGGCUCGUCCCUAAUACUAGCAUUACUGGUUGAUUACCAUGCAGUCUAUCGCCCUCUGCUGGAGUCCUGGUGUCACUGCACGAUAGAUGCUGAUAGAUAGAGGAUGUGUCACAUGGGCACUCUAUUCCCUAUAUAGUGCACUACUUUUGACCAGGACCCAUAGUGGGCACAGUGCUGGUUGCUGUGUCCCCUCCUCUACUAGUCAACAUCAUCCUCCCCAAUUUCAUUACUUACAAUGUUAAUUAACAUACUCUGCUUCUUAUCUACAAAUAUAUUGACUUAUUGAUGACAACAAGUGAUGUUUUUUCAUUCAUAUGUGCAGAGCCAUCUCUGAGUCAAUACAGCUGCACUUCCUUGUUUGAUUGAACAUCAUAUUCAGGAUGUAAUGAAUUAUAAUUGAUACGUCUCAAAUUACAACUACAGUAUGAAUGGAGGUGAGUGUUUAAGGUAAUAAGCUGGCCUUGUUCCAACUUCCAUUGUAGAGGAGUGAUGAUUUACGGAAUGUUGCACGAGCCUUCUUCUCCUUCUUCUCCUUCUUCUUCUUCUUCUCCUUCUUUUUCCUUCUUCUUCUCCUUCGUCUUCUUUUCCUUCUUCUUCUCCUUUUCCUUCUUCCUCUCUUCCUUCUCCUCUUUCUUCUUCUCUACCUUCUUCCCUUCCUUCUCCUAUUUCUUCUUCUCUUCCUUCUUCUCCUUCUUCUUCUUCUUGCACACUAUGAGAGUUCUUCAUAGUCAACUAUGUCAACUUCCUCAUAGUCAACUUUUUGAUUGCAUCAAAAAACCAAUGCACAUGUAUGUCCAACUUAAGUAAUAAGGCCCGAGGAGGUGUGGUAUAUGGCCAAUAUACCACGGCUAAGGACUGUUCGUGUGCACGACGCAUUGCGGAGAUCCUGGAUACAGCCCUUACCCGUGCUAUACCUGUAUUGACCAUAUACCACAACCUCCCCGAGGUGCCUUAUUGCUAUUAUAAACUGGUUACCAACGUAACUAGAGCAGUUAAAACCUAUACCCAUGGUAUAGGGUCUGAUAUACCAUGGCUGUCAGCCAAUCAGCAUUUGGGGCUCGAACCGCCCAGUUUGUAAUCUAAUAUAGUACAAUAUUGCAUGUACAGUUACUGUAAAUUAAAAUAAGUUCCAUACAUAAAUGAGCACAUCCUGAGCGUGUGAGGGAAUUGAGUUAGUCUACGUCCCAAAUGGCAUCCUAUUCCCUGUAUACUGUACUUCUGUUGACCAUAGGGCCCUUUGGGCCCGGUUUAAAAGUAGUGCACUAUAUAAGGAACAGGGUACUAUUUGGGAUGCUUCCUAAGUCACUUCAGGAGUUAACUUUAAGUGCCUACUUUGUCAGCCAGACGAUGAUGAUCACCCUAAUGAAAUGUUAAAUGACUAGUCCACAUAGGUAAAAGGGGGAGACCUAAGUCAGUUAGUUGCACAACCGAAUGCAUUGAACUGAAAUGUGCCGUCCACAUUUAACCCUCUGAAUCAGGGGUGGCUGGGUAGCCUAGUGGUUAGAACAACAUCGGUCGUUCAGCCCCUGAACAAGGCAGUUAACCCACUGUUCCCCGGUAGGCCGUCAUUGCCUCGUUAAAUUUGAAAACCAUCUGAGAGGUGCAAGGGGCUGCCGUCGUCUAGGGAACAGUUGUUGUUGGGGCUUAACUAUUUCUCCACCUUACCACUUUUAUUAUGAUGGUAUCUUGUGUGAUUUGCUAUUUAUAGUAUUAUAAUGUGUUUGGCCAAAUGUGUUGCCUGGUAAUUUCAUUGUGUGAUUUUCCUCAAAAGAAAUGUGGAAUCCUUUUUUUUCUUCCUCAAAGACGUUGCACCAAAACAUUUUUAUUCAUAGAACAAGACCAUGUCAAAAUCCUAAAUUAUUCAUUGUCUCCAACCUGUUGGUGAAACAACUCGGUUCACGUCCAAAUCAGACCCUCCCCCCCCAAAAAAAAAAUUGCCACAAUAUUUAUUGCUGUGAACUAUAACGUCUUUGAAAUGUGAUUAUUUUUAAUUUCUGAAUGUUUAGUGACUUAUUGUGAUACCCCUGUUAACCCUCAUUCAUUCUGUAAAUAUUGGGUACUUUAGUUGUAGGUAAUGAUUUAUGGUCCGUUUGUACUCUUAUGAAGCCAGAUCUGUGCAUGUGUGUACGGUGCUCAGUCCUGCUACAAACACAUUGGUAUGUUUCUUUAUAAGAUAAAGAGACUGCUACUCUCCUAGCCUGGUAAAACCAAACUGAAUGAAGUGCUCACUAUGGGAAAUGUAGCAUUCACACUGGUUUAACCAGGCUACUAUUUUCCUCUUCCGCUAAGGUUGAAUCUCAAAUGGUACCCUAAUUCCCCUUUAGUGUGCCCUGGUCAAAAUGUGUUCACUAUGUAGGGAAUAGGGUGCUAGCCCUGGUCAAAAUGUGUGCACUAAAUAAGGAAUAGGGUGCUAGCCCUGGUCAAAAUGUGUGCACUAUGUAGGGAAUAGGGUGCCGUUUGGGAUGAACUCUUAAGACGUCUUGUUGAACAAUACCUUGGUCCCACCUCUGUGCUGUCUUGACAACUCCUAUGGUCAUUGUCACAGAGGCAAGACGACACAACCAGAUCUGGGUCCAGGCUAGUUAAACAACAGUAUGUAUGCAUGCCCGAUGCCAGACAGAUGUGUAAAUGACCGUAGAUUUGAAGUAAUGUAGGACGUGGUGCUUUGUGUGCCAUGUCCAAUACAGGCAAGUUACUAAGCCCUGUCAUAUACUUCCUCCACACUUCCUGUGUGUCUGUUUUUUCAGCUGUGCUUUGAGUGAACUUAUUAGCACAAUGUUGUGUUUCCUGUUGGAACUGUGAUCGUUACUGUCAUCACUGUGUGUGUUUUCAUAGCUGAGUGCUGCCAGCGUUUGUCUUCUUGGUGCUAAUAUGAAAUACAGCUACUGUACAUUGCAUUUAAGUAAUGACAACAGUCUGCCAGUAGAGGGCAGUGUUCUAGUAAUGGCAACAGUCUGCCAGUAGAGGGCAGUGUUCUAGUAAUGACAACAGUCUGCCAGUAGAGGGCAGUGUUCUGAUGAAAUAAUGUGGUACAUUGGUUGAAUUGAAAUAUAGUUGUGUAUUAUUGUUAGUGUAUAUUUGGAGGCUGUGUAUUGCUAUAAGUAUUUAUUUUAAUGUGUGCUAAAAACAAAGAAAGCUUUGAAAACCAGGUUCUCCGUCCUAAAUCUGAAUCCUAGACAUAUGGAUGUAAUGUUCUGGCCUUUGAAACGUGUGUCCUAAAGCUAGCUUUACCCUGCUGGAUCCACAGGCUACUGACAAUCUAAUCUACGUCCCAAAUGGCAUCCUAUUGCCUACAUAGUGCACUACUUUACCAGGCUCCAUAGGACUUUGGUCAAAAGUAGUGCACUAUAUAGGGACCAGAGUUAAAUUUGAGACACUCCGUAAGGGUUCUAUUCAGGAAGAGUCAUAGACCUUUAUAGAUAUGGCUGUGAGUUCAGGUUUCAUAGAGGAGAGACAAAUCUCUGAAUUUGUUUGUUUUUUAAUCUGCUUGUGUCUGUUUUUUUUGGACCAUUCAUUUGAAGGCCGGUUUUCAAUGCAAGACGUAUUGUAGAGUGAGUCUCACUAUACAUUUCACCUUUUCCACAGCGUUCGCUGAGAUCACUGUGCAUUUCGGCUUAAGCACGACCAUGACCUUUCCUACAUGUCGGUUCUAGUGGGCUGUACUAUAACGCGCCUUGGAUUGAGUCCCUGGACAAACUGUGUCAAGUCUAUUACUGUAUUUUGAUACUGUAAUGAAUCGUCUGGCUUCUGCCAUCUGUUUAUCAGCUGCUGUAAAUAAAACCAACUUUAAAACGUU